ACUCGAUUUUUGUAGGCGGUGAAUUGGUCACUGCUCACUAGCAUCGGGGUGCACACAAGCCCUAUUUAACCGUUGUUGCGGGUACUUAUCCUCGCUUACCGUGAAUAUGCCCCAUCGUCAGCCAAAACAGAAUCUGCUUUUACUUAUCUUGUUGUAAAAGAUCAAAACAGCUCUUAUUGUAAAAGAUCUACAAAAUUCCUUCAAGGAAAAAGAAAACAAAGAAAAGGAUUCAGUUUCAGGAGUGAUUGCUAAUCACAACAAGAUCAUGGGAAAACUAGAAUUACCAGCAGGGUAUAAGUUUCUCCCAACGGAUGAACAACUGAUAAUACAUUACUUACUACCUAAAGUUGAAGGGCGGACUUUAAAUUGUUAUGAUUACAUUUUCGAUGUGAAUAACAUUUAUGAUUACAAAGAUCCUUCUGAGUGAUUUGAUGAGAUAUUACAAAACAGUAACGGUCAAGAUACGAGUAAUGGUGAAACCAAUGAUCAAAUUCUUUAUUUCUUUUCAACAUUAAAGCCAUUGACAACCUUCAAGAAGUCCGGAAGGAAGAAAAGAGCUGUAGAAAAUGGUACAUGGUCUGGAGACACACCUCCUGCUAACAUUUUCUCUCCCGCCACUGAAAAUGUUAUAGGAUGUAAAAGAUAUUUUACUUUUACAUGGAAAGAUAAUCCGGUUACUAAUGCGAAAAGAAGAAAGACGGAUUCUUCAGCAUCAGGAAGGUGGGCUAUGCAUGAGUAUUCACUUCUUGAUUCUUUUUACCAGGAUAACAACAAGAAGGAGUAUGUAAUCUGUCGUAUAAAACGGAUUAAAAGAGGCAAAAGAAGUUUUGCGAGUAUUGCGCCACAACUCCAACCACAGUCAGUAGUACCCUUGGUUAGUAAGAAACCAUCGCCACCAGUACCGGUACCAGGACAGUCCUCAUCACUACCAGCAACAUCUAUAUAUGAAACAGGGUCAUCAUCGUCAACACAAUCAUCUGUCUAUGAAGUAGGGUCAUCACCGUCAGCACCGUCAUCAACAAAUAUGGAACCCCUGAUUCUCAUGAGAGGAAUUCACUGUGACAUGAAUGGGUUCAACUACUCAUCAGCAAAAAUGGAACCCCUGAUUCUAAUGAGAGGAAUUCACUGUGACAUGAACGGGUUCAACUACUCAGCAGCAAACAUGGCACCAUCCAUCGACAAAGUACAACCACAACCUUUGAAUUGUUCUAAAGCAGGGUUGUCGUCAUCACAGUCAUCAGGGAGUAUAGUGCAGCAGCCUACUCUGCUUGAAGAAUUUCGGUGUGGUAUGGAAAUGUUUGAUCACUCAUCAAAGAAUGUAACACCAGGAAUAAGCAAUUUCUUUCACAUUGCCGACAACUACUCCACAGAUGAUGAGUUCGCCCUCCUCCUAAAUGAACUCUUGAACUCACCCGAAACCGACAAAGAGUGGGAUGAUGAUAGUAAUUUGAAAUUUGUGGAGCCUGCUGCUGCUAUGCUAUUUAGUCAGCCUAAGAAAGAGGGGUCUGGCGAUGAUAACCUACAGUCAGUGGCGCCAACUGCUAUGCCAUCUCAUCAACUUGGCAAAGAAUGGUCUAAUGAUCAUAACCAACUUGCUAUAGCUGCUAGUGCUGCUGCUGCUGAUAAAGAAAAAUCACCGAUGCCAAUUAGUUCGCAUCUUGCAAUCUCAACCUGAUAUGCUACACAGCUAGCCGAGCAACUGUCACAGCUGACUGCGCAUAGGUAAUACUGAUUUACUGUUGCCUGCAGCAAAAACAUUGUACAUUCUGACACUUAGACGAUCUGUAUGUAUAAUCAGCCCUUGUUAUUCAGCUUAGUUAGAGUAAUAAAACGAUUAAUAUCAAAACCCAAAUUGUUGUUUUGUCUCUUGGUAACUCUUUGUGACUUUGUUAUUUAAAGUUGCCUAAAAUUUCGAAUUUUAGAUGUCA